CUAAUUUGAAACAGAAAGAGGGAAGUUUUUGUUCUUGUUUUUUGCUUUAUUUUUAAAGUGCAGAUCAAAAGGAGAGUUGACAGUGUCUGUCCGUGAAAAACAGCAAUGAACUACAGCGACAAUCUGACCAAUGAUGAAGAAAACAGCUUCAUAUUUCCUUGUCAGUUUUAUGACUUUUCAACCAUUGCUGGGGUUGUGUUUAUCAUGAUCACCAUCAUCAGCGUCAUAGGCAACAUUCUCCUCAUGUGUGUUCUCUUCACUUUUGAAAAACUCAAUCUUGUCACAAAAAUCUUCAUCCUAAACCUGGCUUGCUCUGAUUUGAUCUUCACUGCCACACUCCCGUUCUGGGCUGUCUACCACCUUGACCACUGGAUCUUUGGGGACUUUUUGUGCAAGUUUAUCACUGCAGCCUACUUCACUGGUCUGUACAGCAGCAUCAUUGUACUAACUGCCAUGACUGUGGAUCGUUUUUUCACUGUGGUGUUGAACAACUGGCCCAACAACAAUCUGAGGAAGAAACAAUGUGCUAUCUGUGCAUGUGUGGUUGCCUGGAUGGUCAGUAUUGGUACAUCUGUGUAUGAUGCUUUCAAAAUGGAGGUUUAUGAUGAUUACUACUGUGAAGCUAAAUCUUCUGAUGAGCUUGGAUAUUAUUUCCAAGUUACGCUGCUUUUUUUUGUCCCAUUUGCCAUCAUUAUUGGUUGCCAUUGUGCCAUUAUUAACACUGUAUUACAGGCAACAAACAGAACAAGGCACAAAGCCCUGACUAUCGUUUUUUGCAUUGUGGGAGCCUACAUCAUCUGCUGGGGACCCUACAAUAUUCUACUUCUUAUUAAGUCUUUGUACCAACCCAAAGCCUGUGAAUCAAUGGAGCGGCUGGAUAUUGUCUACAAUAUCUGUCGGAUACUUGCCUUCUCCCACUGCUGUAUGAAUCCUGUUCUUUUUAUGCUCACACAAAAGUUACGAAAUCAUCUGCUUUGUCUUUUGCGCUGCAAAGUUGUUGGUAUGAGAAACAGGGAGAGAGCCACUGACCAGAACAUGUCUGGUUUUCAGAACGUCAGUACAGCUCACCACUCAGGUGUUGUGCUGGAGGAGUACAACAGAUAACGGUCGCUAACCCCCAUGCACCAACAACCACAAUAGAUGCUGUCCUUGUUUCAUUUAUGCACACACAUGUUUUGUUUGCACAAUAUUAUUUUAUAUGAAACUGCUUAAAUUCAAGAUUACGAGUUAAAACAUGCACUUUUAGAGCUAAGAAUGGUCUGAACAUUAUUCCAAAUUAAAUGGACUGACUCAUCACUUUGAAAAGUAUUUUAAAAAUCAGAAUUUUUAUCACUGAAACUGUUUUUGCAUGUGAGUGUUGUGGGUAAAAUAUCCAUUUUAGUGUGGAGAUGAUCUCAAUUCGUUUUGCGUGUCCAACUUUGUUAAAUUCUUCUUUUUCUUUGCUAUUGUGUUGUUUGAACAAUGACGACGGCUGCUUGUACUGUAAUUGCAAAGGAUGAGCCAAGACAUGCAGGGCUGUUAGAAAUAGGAAGUGCUUAGGCAAUACAGCUCCAUUAUGGGGGGAAGAUCAAUGAGUUUUUUAUUUUAAAUCUUGUAUAUUUUAUUGUAAUUCAUAAGAUGUUCAUUUUACUUUGGUUUAUGUUGGAUUAUUAGUAAUUUGAAACAACUGUUGAAUAAACUAUGUGUAUUUUGUCUUUGUUGUUAGAUAAUUUGUUUGUUUCCCCUUGAGGUGAGCUUUAAACCCCCUUUAUUUUUUGUGUGUUUGGUCUUGUGUUUUCUUUUGUUAAAUAGUAAGUUUGGAGUUUGGAGAAAAUGUGUUUUUUGUAUUUUUUGUGUUAAAUGUUAACUGGCUCAUCUAAAAUUGUCACAAAAUAAGUCUGUGGUGACCCCUGCUAAAAACGUUUUUGAAUAUUCAGAAUAUAUUGAUGUUGUCUUUUACAUUUAUGAUCUCAUUUUUGCAAUUUAUUUAUCUGAAAUAGUUAUUGUUUGCCAAAUUCUGGAUUUGUUUUUUUAUUUAUGACUGUGGAUCGUUUCUACAGGCACGAAUAAUCUUAGAUAUUGCUUAGAUAUAUAUUGAGAUAUUAUAUUGAAAUUAUAUUUCUAGUCCAGAUAACAUUCCCCUUUUCUCUGUACAAAUAGAUUGUAGAGUUAGUAUGAGUCUCUUUGUUUUGUCAUGUCCAUUUUGUGUUUCUUUAAAUAAUUUAAAUCAUAAGGAAACUGAUUUAGUGUCAUUAAUAAGAAAAAUAACCCUUGAUUAUGUGUAAUCAAUUUGAUUGGUGGUAAAUCAAGAUUCUGAAACACACAAAAUCUUACUUGCUUUUUUCAAUUUAUCCUAGUAAUCGAACAUUAGAUAAGUCCUCCUUUAAAACUUUUUAUAGAUCAUGAUAUGGAAAGAAAGAAAGAAAGAAAGAAAGAAAGAAAGAAAGAAAGAAAGAAAGAAAGAAACCUCCAUGCCUUUUUAUUUGCUGUGUCAUAAUGUACAGACAAGUUUAGACAAACGGUUUUGCUGAGUUCUAGAAAUGUUGUUUUCGCUUCUCUAUCCAAACACUUCUCUGCCUUCUGGCACAUUGCGAUAGGUUGACUCUUGAAAAAAUGCUGCCGCACACAUUUUUUUUGUUCAACAUGAAGUAAAGCCAACACCAAGUAAAUACAUUAUAAAUGACACAAGUAAUCCAGUGACAAUAGUAACAUCACUAGAUGGAGUAUCUCUGAUCCCACCAAGGUAAGGUGGACUAUAUCACCUGUGUGAAACUUAGUGAAACUUUUAUGAAAAAGGGAAUUCGUAUAAUUCGUAUUGACUCAAGAAAAUAUAAUUCGGAGUUAUUUUUAAAUACUUGGAAGUCAAAUGUUUUGAAUGAAAUUUGUAAUAAUAUGAUAACGGUCAUAUGCCUCACCAAGAACAUGCUGUAAUUAGUAUAAAUGUUUAUUACAUUAGAAACAUUUACCAGAUUUUUCUGCUGAGCUGCUUUUUCUGAGACAAUUAUUUUAUUGUUGUUUUUUGGAAAAUCAAACUGAUUUUAUUUCCUCAUUACAUAUUUUGUUGUUAUCCUUCAUGAAGAGUCAAGAAUGGAUGACGACGGUGAUAACAUUGAUUAUUUCUUCCAUAACGACAGCGAUAUUUAUAUGGAUGAACCUCAUGAUAAAUUCAACCACUAUCAGGUGUAUGCUGUUGUGUUUUUGAACAUUAUCUUUCUUAUCAGCAUGCCUGGAAACUCCUUCCUCUUAUGGGUUCUCCUAGAAGGAGAGGGCUUGGAGGACAACUUCUGACAUGUUACUUCUGCAGCUCACAGUUGCUAACCUUUGCUUCACCGUGACUCUUCCCUUGUUGCGUGCAACACACCCCUAAUGAAUCAUCAGAAGACUUUGCUUUCUUGGACUGAACAGCUAUGCAGCAAUCCUCACUGUCAUGGCUGUUCAAAGUUACGUCACUGUGAUCCAGCUAUCAUGUCUCUCUACUCAGACCUCAAGACAAUUCAGGGUCCUUAUUUCCAGCAUCGUGAUCUGGCUGGCGUCUGCUGCCAUGAGCAUUAUGUUAGCUGUGGAUGUUCAUGUCACACAUCUGGAUUAUGGUGAUAUUAAGUUGUGUACCCUCCAAAUUCAGUCAGUGAUCGUGAUGUUUGUUAAAAUUUACAUCAAGAUUUGUUUCUCAUUUUAUAUUCCCGUUGUUAUUGUUUUGUUUCAAUACUUGAACAUGUAGGUUACCGUCAAACAGCGCAGGACAAGCAGCUCUCCUUGGGCUUAAAAAAUAACUUUAGGGUUAACUGUUAGUUCUCUUCUUUGUUUGACGCCUUAUUGUAUCCAAGUCUUUAUAGAAUCAGUGAUGUUUGUGGGUGCUAUAGAGCACAACUAUGAAUUAGUACAUGUGCUGCAUUGUGUACUGUAUGUCAGUUUUGCAUUCUACCAUUUCUGGUGCUGCCUGAGCCCUUUGUUUCAAAUAGUUGGAGCACAAAGGUUUAGGAGGCAGCUCACAGGGCUUUGUAGCACUCCACCACAAAACAGAGAAGACAGCAACAACACUUCAAUUGGAGCUAUACUUUUAGAAAAUGUUUAUGUGUAAUUACGUGUUCUCUUGUUUUUCUAAAUAGUUUCUAAUUGCAACCACCUAAUCAGACCUUUGGCUACAUGAGUUAAGCUUCCUAUUUGAAUGUCAACUUCAAAGUUGUGUUUUUGGUUAAAUUCCUUUUUUUAAUAUAUUUUCUGGAUUUAUUAAAAAACUUUAACUUUUGAGCUCUAA